UAUUAACUAAAAAAAUUUAUUUGGUUGAGUCCGAAACAAUAUGGCGGGUCGUGAAAGAGUGGCUUCGUUCAAAAAAACCAAUGUCCAACUAGAUCAAUCAGCGUUUCUGCCAGCCAAAAUCCCAUCAGUAAUUCUCAAAUUAAGUGGAGUCUCUUCUAAAAUAAAUAGAGAUCUUUUUAGAAAAGUUCUUCAAGUUGUUAUAAAAGACAUUGAAGGAAGUGUCAUUAUUACAGAGGAUAUAUUUGGUAACCUUAAAUCUUUGUUUGAAAAUGUUAUUACAGAGGAUAAGUUUUUAAUACUUUAUUCUGGUGUACUUUUGUUAAUGCGUUAUGCUCUCAGACAUCCUCAAGGAUCUUUAAAAAAAGAGUCAUUUAUUUUGGAGCUAAACGAACUUAGACUAAAUAAAGAACACAUAGAAGAUAUUUGCAGUGUUGUUUUCACAACAAAACAAAAUGCAAUUGAAAAAAAGUUUUCCAGUUUUCAACUGCCUUCAUUAAUAUCUUUACGAUGGAGAAUAGAUGUCACAAUAUCUACAAGUGUAUUAAACCGUGUGCUUCAACCCACUAUUUUAAUGCAGAUAAAAGAUAGCAAUGGAAAAAUGUUCACAUUUGAAGUAUCUUAUGCGAAAUUUCAUGAACUAAGAUAUAACAUUGCUUCUCUUCUUAAAGAAAUGGAAGAUUUGGAAAAAAGAAGCGUUUUAAGAGUCGAACACUAACCCGAUAAUAUUUUACACACAAUCCUAAACCAUUAAUCCUUGAUUACAUAGUUGUUAAAUUUCUUUUAUAAUAUGCUCUAAUUAAUAAAAUGAUUUA